UCUAGCAUACUGUUGUAUUCGGGCUCUACUGAAGCGUUCCCAGGCCACGACACCCAUGGAUGGUAUUAGUUUUAUCAUUACAGAGAAUAUUUUUUUUAUAUAGCCCUCUGUAAAGCUCUUGGAUUUCUACAAAAAUCAGGCUUCAUCUUUCCAUGAAGCAGUCAAGAAAGUAGAUGGACAGACAGUCACUGUAUUUGAAGUGAUUUAUAGCAUUAAUGGCUUGAAAACUACAUUGAUGUCCAAGAUUGAGGACCAUUUUCUUCCUCUAACUGUUAGGACAAUCCUUGGAAAACUGGAAAAAGAGGAAGGACCACCAAAGGAAGAGCAGUUUGCAGCACAAUGUCAACACCAACUUGGAUGAGAUACAUAUUCUUCAUCAUACUCUCUUUUUUUCAUAUGUGUGCAAGUGUGAUGAUCAGUGACUUGGAAGAAAAGUUCUCUCUUAUAUCCAGUAAAGACAUAGAAGAACUUAAUGACCAUUUUAAACGUCAAAAGCGUGCAGUUACAUAUGUUGAUUUGGAAAAAUAUGUUGCUGACAUUGAAAUAAGUUAUUCUGAUUCUUUACUGGAAAAUCAAAUAAAAGCUUUUCUAGAGAAUAUAACUAUUUUCAAUAAAAACUUAAAUUCUUCAAUAAUUCUCCAAACUGUAAAAGUUUCAUCAGUGUGUUCUGUAAAUGGAAUCUACACUUCAUGCUACUGUCAAGAUGGCUACCAAUGCGUUACAUCAUCGUCUUCCUCAUGCACUGGCAUCAAUUGUGCCUGUAACCCUUUAAUUCGUGCAGAGGAGCAAUGCCAAGAAAUUACAAAUAUGACGUUGACACCGGAGAAGCCUCUCUUAGGAGACACCCUUAAGCUGAUCUGCUAUUUUAAUGAAGAUGUCAUUGACAUUUCAUGGAUUCAUAAUUCUAAAGUAAUUGUUAAUGACACACGUCAUAGUAUGAGCAAAGGUUUGAGCAAUUCACUGGUAUUAUAUACCCUUACUAUAAAGGACCUUGAACAGAAUGAUGAAGGUAUUUACAUUUGUAACACAAGUUCAAAUUCAUUGGCACAGAAUGUUUACAUCAGUUCACUUAAUAUUGAUCAAACCAGUGAUGUUGAUAUUGUUUGUGAUGGAGCUAAAUUCCAUUUAGCGUGUUGCAGUGGUGACAUUUCUUUAUCACAAGUUUCAUGGACAGUAGCCGGAAUUCUGAUCAUUAACGGAACUGCAACUUCCAAUUCAACCUGCAGUAUAUAUACAAUUCAAGCAAACGAGACACUCUGUCCAGCAGACAAAUCUGAAAAUGUUGCAACUUAUAAAUGUGAGUUUCAAGGAAUAUACGGAGCAAAGGCCUCUAAAGUGAUAUCUGUAACAUAUAUACGAAAAGCAAAAGUUAUAAUGCAGCAAAGUCAACAAGUCUCAGUAAAUCAACAGCUCACUCUUGUCUGCCAAAGUGAUGUACUCAACAUUAAGAGGUUUGAGUGGAGAAAAGACAGCAAUGAUAAUAUUAUAAGCACCCAAAAUCCAGUAAUUGAAAAUGGAAGUACUGUUUCUCGACUUGUUAUAGCUUCUGCCACCAUAUAUUGGUCAGGUAUCUACUUCUGCACCAUCUAUCAAAAAAAUAUUAGCAGCAUUGGAAAUGUGAGCGUAGAAGUUGUACCUCUGCCAUUUGCUGAGUCUAUUGAAAUCGACCCUGUAGAAACUAUUGUGAAAUGUGACGCUUCGCUAACACUAAGCUGUUGCUUUAAUGCUCCGAAUCCCAGUGAUUUUACUUUGAAAUUCAUUUCAGAUAUAAUCCAAACGCAACAGAAUGGUAAAAUGGACAAUGUAAUCAGCAAUGUAAUUUCGGAAGAUGCUACAUGUUUCACCAUGAACUUGACAGUCACCUGUGAUGAUACAGCAGUUUUACCUGCAAUAUCUGUAACCUGCAGGAUAUAUAACAAACUGAAUGCUAGUGUUAUCAGUAAUAAUAUGAUCAUAAAGCGUUGGAAAGGGAAUCCUCAAGCACAGACUUGUAAAGAGGAUAAAGACCUUCCAGAGAUUCCCUCUGGUGAGAAAAUUAUAAUAUUGUGUAACAAAGAGAAUCCAACUUUGACGGGAAACAUUACCUACAACUGUAAAAAUGGUGAAUGGGUCAAGGAACAGGAUUGUUUUCCUGUUGUUGUUCUUUAUCAAUUUGCAGAAAUUAAGAAUAUAAUAAAUAGUCCACAGCCACAAAAACUGAUAUCUGGUUAUGUUGCCAACCUGUCCAGUAGUGCACAAAGUAAUAACGGAUACAUUUCAGCUUCACCAAAAGCAAUCAAAGUCCUAAUUUCUAUUUUGUCCACAAUUAGCAACAAUACUGAAGAAGUGACGGAAGUCAUAAUGAUGAAUUGCAUCAACACAGUAGCUACUUUGUUGACCAACACUACAACCUGGCAAAAUACUAAUAACAAAGCAUCUGAUAUUCUCCGAUUGGUGGAAAGGUUAGCCAGCAAACUUAAAGUUGUGGAUUACUUUGAAACAAGUAAAACUAACAAUAUUAUUCAAUUAAAAGUACAAGCAUUAAACAGAACAAGCAAUUACAAUCAAAAUUUCCUGAUUUCCAAUUUUACCAGUGAAAUACAGAUACAAAAUAAAUCACUAGCCAGCAAUACCAGCAAUAUUGUCAGCAUUGCUUACUCUACAAUGAAAGAUAUUUUACGGUCUAAUAAAAGUAAGGCAGUGACUGGCCUUGUCAUUUCAACAAUUGUGAAUGGUGUUUUGAAUAUGGAUGAUUUCACCAUAUCAUUGUCAUUUAAUAAGACCAAUGCUUCUCUGCAUUCACCAGACUGCGUCUACUGGGAUUUUACAUUGAGCGAUAAUGGAGAAUGGAAUAACGCAAACUGUGAAGCAAACGAAAAUGAUCAAAUAAUUACAUGUGAAUGUCAUCACUUGACAGCCUUUUCAGUUUUGAUGUCUGGAGAAAGUAAUGAGCUCCUGUCCAAGAUUACGUAUGCUGGCGUUGGAAUUUCUAUUGGAUGUUUGAUUAUCACUCUCAUAAUCGAGGCGGUGGUUUGGAAGUCAGUGAUCAAAAACAAGACAUCAUAUAUGCGCCAUGUUUGCUUAGUAAAUACUGCUGUUACCCUUUUGGUUGCAGAUAUAUGGUUUAUCAUUGGUGCUGCAUUCGAAAAGGAACCAACAUCAAAUAUGUGUGUGACUUCCGCUUUUUUCAGUUUCUUUUUUUAUUUAUCGUUAUUUUUUUGGAUGCUUGCAACUGGUCUUAUCCUAUUUCACAGGCUGAUUUACAUUUGGGAUAAUCUGAGCAGGAAAACUAUGAUGAUUGUCGCCUUUACACUGGGAUACGGAUGUCCUCUUCUCAUAACCAUUAUCACAGUAGCUACAACAGCACCAAGUAAAACAUUUACAAGUGCAAAAUAUUGUUGGCUCAACUUUGACCAAAGCAAAUCGUUUCUUGCAUUUGUUAUUCCUGCUCUAACCAUUGUAUUUAUAAACGUCAUCAUUUUGUUGGUCGUAAUAUUUAAAUUAACAUGUAGACCAUCCAUAGGAGAAAGACCAGGCAAAGAUGAACGUCUAAUCCUGGUUCAAGUUAGUAAAAGUAUUGCUGUGCUUACACCUCUUCUAGGUAUAACCUGGGGGUUCGGAAUUGCUGUAGUUUAUAAUCCCAAGAAUGUAGCUAUAAAUGGAAUAUUUGCUGCACUUAACUCAUUUCAGGGAUUUUUCCUUUUAGUUUCAACUGUUUUGUUGGACCAAAAAGUAAGAAGAAUAAUGAGGAGCACAUUCUCUUCAAUAUCAACACUUAAAACAAAGACUACAACGUCAAGUAAUUCUGGACCUACUAAACCUAAAAGGAGAAAAAUAUUUUCAUCUAAAGCUAAUUACUUACUCAGAAGCCAAACAUCUUCAAAUGAAACUAUUACAGAGUCGUAUUUUGCACUUUCAUGACAGAAAAUAUUUUUGCAGAGUCCUCAAUAGUCCAGGAUUUUGAGAUUCUUGUCUCAGAUUCUUCCUCAUAUUUAUGCUCCAGUCUCUCUAAAAGAAACUCGGAUCCUUUAAACAUCACCCAGGAUUGGAACACUGAAACACGCUAACUUGUUUCCCAGAUUCCACAGACCUACUCUGAGGCUCCCUGACUUCCCCCAAGACAGCUCAAACCCCACCCCUGAGCUGCCCAGAUUCUACCAUCAGCAACCACUCUCAGAGGCAAUGAAAAAUAUUGUAAUGUAUGUUUUUACCAAAGUGACUUCCAGAGAUUUUUUAUAUAGAUACCACACUUAUAUGAAAAACUAAAUAGGGAGAAAUUGUAAUUGCAUCCCUCUUAUUAGAAGGGCAUGCAAACCCAAUCAGCUUAUCCAUACAGCUAACAUGUGGCUCAUUCCUGUCCUUUUUUAUCAGCAUCUAAAGUGUAUGUUUGUGAUUCUUGCUUAUGAUACUGGUGUAAAUGCUAUGUUAUGAAACUGCUAGUUUCAAAUAUGUGUACAUAAAAGUAUAUACCUGUAUACAUUUUUCUAAAAUGUCUAAUGAGUUGUUGUCAGCACUUAGUAAAACAAAAUUCUAAAAUGUCUAAUGAGUUGUUGUCAGCACUUAGUAAAACAAAAUUCUAAAAUGUCUAA